GAAAAAAGAAAAAAAAAACCUUAGCAAGGAGACGUCUCCUAAUGAAAAUAUCAUACACAGCUGAAAAUGGGUUUUUGAUUUUUGGUUUGGGGGAAAUAGACUUAGUAAGGAUACGGAACAUGAAAAAUAGGACGAGACUCAAAAACCAAAUCAUGGUAUCCAAACAGCCCUGUAAUAUGGGCCGUAAAGAUCAGCUUACAGGGAUGACAGUUUAUUAACUUCAUCCCCAAAAAUACGCAAAGUACAAUCUCAACGUUUUUCGGUAUGGAAGAUUCACUGAGAAUUGAAAGACCCAGCAAACAAUCAAAUUGUUUUCAGAAAGAACAGCUCUGGAUUUGUGUUUUCUGUCCAUAUCCUUCAUUGUCUAAACACCCCCCUCCGCAGCCUCUUUUCCACAGCACUCCACAGCCCACAUUGCCCGUUGAUGAGUGUCCUCCAAGCGCCACAGAAGAGGAUGACAGGCCCACUUUUGGUUGUUUCCGGUAUCAGAAAUGCCUCUGGGUGCAGAAACUCGUCUGGGCUUUUGCCGAUUCAGUGGGUGUGAGCUGAUACGAUGGGUUUUGGCUGAUAAAUCACCUUGUUCUUCGGGUGCUUAAGAGGGGUUUUUUUUUGGCUGCACCAGAUGAGUUCAACACCAAAAAAGCGGUGGCCAUGAAUUCAGCUGGGAUAGACUGAACUAGAUGAGUUCACCACCAAAAGUGUUCCCUGAAUUCUUCAAGGUGUAUCUCCCAGAGCUCAGCUGGGACAGAAUGCAAAUCCCAACAGCUUUCGUAAAACACUUUAAUGGCUUUGUCCCUGAAAAGGCCAUCCUCAGAGAUUCUGUUGGGAGAGUUUGGCAUGUGGAGGUAGGCCAAAUUGGAAAGAAUGUGUAUUUUCUGAAAGGUUGGCAGCAGUUUCUUACAGAUAAUCUAGUGGAAGAGGGCGACCUUUUUGUUUUCCAAUAUGAUGGCAGUUAUAUAUUUGAUUUUAAAUUAUAUGGGACAACUGGGUGUCAAAAGAAAGACUCUGAGGUUAAUGUGGAUGUCAACAAAAAGAAAUUUUUUGUGAAGGGGGAGGAGGAUGUUGAAGAAGUAGAAAGAAAUGAAGAAGAAGAGGAGGAAGAAGAAGAGGAAGAAGAACCACAAUCAAAAUCUUCUAACAAGGGAGUGGUUGUAUUCAAGCGUAAAUAUUCUGGCAGAGGUCCGCGAUCAAUUGGUAGAAAAUGUGGGUACAAACAAACUGCCAUUAAAAAGACUAGAAGUGCAUACAAAGAAACUUCUCAUACCAAGAGCAAGUAUAAAAAAGCUUGUACUGGCAAUGUUGAGGUAGACAAUGCUUUAGACUUCAAAAGUAUUGUUAAACCUGAAAAUCCUUGUUUCAUAACAAAAAUACGACCAGGAAGGAGGAGUAAAUUGCGCAUCCCAACAGCUUUUGUAGAGCACUUUAAUGGCUUUAUGCCUGAAAAGGCCAUCCUUAGAGAUUUUGUUGGGAGAGUUUGGCAUGUGGAGGUAGGCCCAAUUGGAAAGAAUGUGUACUUUCUGAAUGGUUGGCAGCAAUUUCUUACAGAGAAUUCUGUAGAAGAGGGAGACUUUUUGGUUUUUCGAUACGCUGGAAAUUGCAUAUUUGAUUUUAAAUUGUUGGGGAGAACUGAGUGUGAAAAGAAAGACACUAAGGUGGUUGAUAUGGAUAUCUACAAAAAGGAUUUUUGUGUGAAGGAGAAGGAUGUGGAAGAAGCAGAAGGAGAAGAAGAGGAAGAGGAAGAGGAAGAGAAGGAGGAGGAAGAGGAGGAAGAGGAAGAAGAUGAAGAGGAGGAGAAAAUGGAGGAAGAUGAUGAAGAAGAGGAAAGAAAACUACAACCAAAAUCUCCUAACAUGAAAAUGGUUGUAAAGCAUAAAUAUUCUAGCAGAGGCUGCCCAGCAAUUGAUAGAAAAAAUUAUUGUGGUUACAAACAAAGUGCUGUAAAAAAGACCAGAGGUGUGUACAAAGAAACUGCCCAUACCAAGAGCAACUAUAAAAAGGCCUCUUCAUCCCAGGCUGAGGUAUAUGGUGCUUUUGUCAUAGAAAAUAUUGUUGAAUCCAAAAAUCCUUAUUUCACAACAAAAGUAAGACUGAAGAGUAGAUUGUAUGUUCCAGCGGACAUACUUCAAGACUUCAACAUUGCAUUACCUCCCAGGGUGUUGCUUCGUGACCUGCAUGGGAGAUCGUGGCCUGGAGAUGUUUCUGUCUGGAAGGAUGGUCGAACAUGGAUUGGAGGAUGGCAAGCUUUCUGCAAGUCGAACCAUUUGGAUGAAAAUGACUGCUGCAUUUAUGAAUUUGUACUGGAAAAUGGCCACCAUGGAGAUUUCAUUGUUCUUCACAUUCACCGGGCACAACCCAAGAUAUCACCCAGGUUCAAUCAAAGCUGAACGAAAAGAGACAGAACAAGUGAAGGCAUUCCUAAAUUUGGCAAUCAUUUUUAUUCUAAGUUCUCCAUGUUUAUAUUCAGCUGUGUUUGUACUGAGACACGAUCACUGAAUUUUCCACUAGUGUUUCACUGCAAUUCUGCUUGGUCUGUCUUCCAUGGACUACAUCAUGGUCAUGAAGGCUUCCGAGACUACUUAGAAGAGCUUAGAAGAGCAUGAUUCACCAUGUAAUAGAAUCAUUUUCCGGAUACUUAACAAUAUAGUCAGUCCAACAAAGCAGAAAACCAAAUUUAGAAUGAGAAUCCACUGAUUUAAGAAUA